UGUCUCGAACUUAAGCCCCACCAUAUCGCAUUUGGAUAAUCUUGCGGGGCAAAAGACUUCUUCAUCGCAGACCGAGCCUCAAGUCGCGAUUUUAUUGUACAUAAACGAGUCUUUCUAGUUUGGCGCUUGUUAUUCAGCAAAAAAGCCACACCGUCAGUGUCUCAGCAAGAGUGGCUCUGGAUUCUACUUGUGCUACACUGGCCUGAGCAUCUCAGCAUUUGUAGCUUGGAAAUUGUAGAAAGUGGUCGAGUGUUGAGAGAAGUGCAGUGUGAUUACAAUCAUUUGAACUAUUUUGCGCUUCAAAUUAUUAUAAUGUGCCAAUUUCAUACGGGAUAUUGAAAAAGAACUUUUAGUUCGCAAUUUUUUUUUUCGUGCGAUAUUGAAGAAUUGUGUAUUGUGAAAUUAAGCAUUUUAAUUUGUGCAAAUAAUUCGAGACCUUACUCUCCAUAUGUGUUGUGAAUGAGGAAAGUUACUAAAGCGCCUGGAUUUGCAUCAUAAAGUCAUUAGAUACGCAAUCAAUUGGAUAUACCUUAUUGCAAAAAUUGAAAGGUGACGCAAUGGCAGGAAGUAUUCGUUUAAGUGAUAUACAGAAUUCGAAUUUGGAUUUUGAGAGGAAGCAGCACCUGGCCAAUUGGCUCAUCAAAUCUAGUCCACACAUGCCAAAUCCCAUUGCCACAAUCACCACAACUGGAAUCCCAUCUCAUCAUCACACAACAGUCAAAUCUCCCAUUUAUUUCUGGGGUCAGCCCGGUCAUAUGAGUCUCACAUCCUCAAAAUCACCCAUAUUUACGUCCCAAACCAACCUUCCCCUACAAAUCAUCACAACACAAGAUGGUCAAAAGCCCAAACUCCGGAGGUUCAAUUCGCACGACACCAGCGCAAACAUGUUCUCAGUGGCAGACUUUGAAAAUUCGAGGCUGGCAACGAAACGACAGAAUCCAUCGGCUGUCAAAAGCAACAGCCUCGGAGGCGAUGCCUCUACAGAGGACAGUGAGAAUUCAAAAUUUGGAAGUGAUUCAAGUAAGGACGUGAUGCCUAUCGAACGUUUUCUUCAUCGUAAUUUCCUACCAAAGGUCGCACGCCUGAUAACUAGCGAAUCUAACAAUGAGAAUACGUUAGAUAUCUAUGAGGUUAAAAAUUCUGAACAAAAUCUAUCAAAAUUACAAUCACUCCAAGACUUAAGUCGUCUGGAUAGCAUCCUCAACAAGCCAGCCCACAAGACAGGUGAACUUAUGUUGAUAUACAAGCAAAUUCGCAAUCGUAAAUUAUAUCAUGCGAUCAGCACAAAAAGUAUGGACUCGAAGAAGGGAAUUAAAAUUCCUCAAGAAUACCCUGGAUACUUUUCACUGUUGAAUGAGAAAGGUGGCACAACAGCAUCAAUCUACACGACAAUUAUCCAAUUGGUGCGUGAACGAGUAUAUAAAUUUUUAUCUAUGGAAAAUAUGAUAGCAUACAGCGAAUCUCCAAAUCAAGGUAAUAGAUCCAAGUUAAAGAUGUUUCGCGAUACACACUGUUGUGUACCUUCAUUUUUUUGUAAUAAACUGAAUUUAAAAUUAUUCUUACCUACAGACAUUGCCAUUAAGAGUCAUUAUGUGAAGACAACAGCUAAGGCCGGUCAGGUGUUUCGUUUGCUGGCGGUCUUCGAGGACGGUCGAAGUCAGCACCAGAACAAAUCAGGCCCGUUAAGUGAUUUCAGCAGUUCCAGUGAUCGAGAGAAAGUGCGAGGCAGAUACGCACAGUUACUAUGCGAAAAUCGUCAGAUGCUGUAUGUGUCGCUGGCGACAAAGGGAAAGUUUUAUGAGGUGGAAAUGAACAGUCAGAGCCAUAGUAGAAGUAGACAACAGCAGAAGACCGGCACAGCUAAUCCUGAAUUUGUGCACAGAAUAAGUGACAUCAUGCAAAGUGCACCACUACCUCUCAAUAUUAAACUGAUCUCUGGCACAUUGCCUGGAAUAUCAACAGAUUGUAUUACAAUCCACAAGGUGUCCAUGGAGGACGUGCUUAUUUCGUGUUCCAUUGAUGAACGUGAGAGUAGGUCAUCGCUGGCUUUGAGAACAGUCACCAUCCUACCAGAUAUGAAACUACAGAAGUGUCUACUAGGCUAUGAAAAUGAGAAAAAAUUACUGGCGUCACCAAACAUUCAGAAUAUCCUCAAAUAUUGCAAAUUUAACUAUGAGAACCACACACAAACCAUUGAGUUGGAACACUUGGCUGAACAGCCGAUUGGGAAGAUGAGAAAAAUCAAGAAUGAGGGUUUUAAAUUGCUUCGACCGAUAAAACUGACCAAAUUGCUGCACCGAGAGAAAAGCUAUGUAGCUCAUGAGAAGGAAGAUAGCAUUAUCUUUCUUACGAAGGCUGAAUUGCAGAGGUUGGAAACAGAACAGCAGCAGCAACAGCAGAAGCAGACCAAACCACCCGAACGGAGCAUGAGCAGCAAAAUGAAGGUGUUUGAACCGAGCAAGAGGAAGUGGUUUGCUGAAAGAAAGAACGCCAAGAACAAAACCAGUUCAUUUUCCAGCUUUGAUAUCAGCCUCGAAGGCAGUCGUCAGAUUGCUCGUUACAGCGAUAUGUCCAAGAUGAUACAAGAUCGCUUCGGGAGCGAGUGUGACAUCGCUUCUAGUCAAUUUGGGCGGGAAUCGAGGGCACUCUCGGACAUUGGCUACGACAUUCGAUGCUCAGUGCCUAGAAUUGAUAAAACCAUGUCGCUGGAAAAUAUGAAAUUGCACAGUAGUGCAACAAUGUUGGCCACAACUGUGAUCUCUCCAACACCGGAUCUCGUAAAAGUAGACAAGAGCAAUAUUGUGGGAAGUGCAGAUCGUCUAUCGCAGCAAGAGAUAUCGUCGGUAUCACCUGGAAAGUCCCAACAAUCAUUCAUCAGCAAGAAACUGUACUCAGAAUUUCACGUAAAGACCAAACAGAAUAGUAAAUCAUCCUCAAAUCUUCAUCAAUUGUGGCAUCAACUGGGACUUCCGCAGAAAUCUUCGAAAAAUCACAAGUCUAAAUCAACAGCAGAUAAAGAAAUGCACAGAAGUAAUUUCAAAGUUGCUGAUGAAUAUAGCAAUGUCCAGGAUUCCAUUGUCUCACUGGAUGAUAAUGCUUCAUCUAUCUAUGACAGCAAAAUCUGCAUGGAAAAUAUUUAUGCCGAAAUAUGUGUUCACAAUGUAGCGCCAGAUGAAAGACACGACCAUUCCCAAACAGAUAAUACUAAUCUUUAACACUUUUCCGCAACUAAUUACACUUGUUUAAAUUUCUCUUCCUUAUCAAAAUUCCAUGUAAUAUUUUAUAUUUCGUACCAAAGUUAGCAACAUGUUCCCAACUUUUUGUGAUAUUUUACCAGAACAUUUAACUCCUUCCCUGAAAAUUGCAAAUCAAGGCAAUAGAAAAAACUUCUAUGGAUGGUACUUUGAUGAAUCAAUUUCAUGAUAAAAUUUUUAUUACUCAUUUAUGCGACAUAGAAAACUGCGAACGUGUGUAAAUAACCGUAUAACAGAAAUAUUGUAAAUUUUCUUUUGUAUUUUUAAAUAAAACAGAAAUAAGAAUA